CCUCAAGACCUGUCUGUGGGACUUGGUGACCCAGCGCCUUUAAAAAUGUCUCCCAUCACUGUGCCAGGAGGCCUUGAGAGCAGACUGCAGGACUUUCUGUCCUGUAGCCUUCCCAAGGCUUCUCUAUUGUAGGUCCCUUCAAGGCUGCAUUUACUGACCCAGAGAUUUUCCCAGACAUCUUUCACGCAAUUAGCCAUCAAUCCUGACAUUGACAUGGCAGAGAGAUCCUCCAGCCUACCCAAGAAUGUGGGAAAAUUCACUUGUGGUGCCCCACCACAGCAACGCAAUGAAAUGGAGCAGUUCCAGCUGCUGCAGAAGGAUGCAAGGAGGAACCAGACACAACAGCAGAACUCUGCCCAUAGCUGCUGGCACUCUAUAGGCCAGAUGUGCACAAACAUCACAGGCACUUGGUGUCGAGAGAUGAUCACCAGAUUGACCACGGGUGUGGCAGAGCCUGACCCCACGCACACUCCGAGCAUAGCUUCUGCUCCCAGCCUGGAUCUUUUUGGGGAGAGAGUUGUCUCCAGUCCGAGUCAAGUGCCAGGCUUUGUUAGGAACAUGCACCAGAGGUUCAUGUCCGAUGUGCCUCCAGACGACAGGCUCUUCAUGGACAUCCUGAGGCUGACUGAUGCACACCCCAAUGACGUUGCAGUGACCCUUCUGCGCUGUGCCCCAUCAUGUGACAGAGGUGCUGCAAUCAUGUGGAAGACCAUAGCCUCAUCAGGAUCAACACUGGACAAGGUGCUGCCAACACUGCUCUGUGUGAUGGAGGACUGGCCACUGCACAAAAUGUACACCUCUGAUGGGGACAAUAAGGAUGUAUUUGCCCUGGCUGGAACCAGGACGGUUUGGGAGGUUCUCCGCCUGCCCUGGUGUCCAGAGCCAUUUAUUGAAUAUUCCCCUCAUCUCGUCGUGGCUCUGCUCUUCCAAGUUUUCAUCAGUACAGAGCAGAUAACAGAGGAUAUCAAUACUUUCUGGAGAAGAUGUCAGGAGGAACAAAACCUUCCCACUAGCCUCAACAGGUUUGCAGUGAACACUUUGAAGGCACUGUUCUACCGUCUGCAGUGUCUGGAUUUACUGGUGGCAAUGGAACGCAAAUGUGGCUGGGACACGCUGCUCUGUGCUGACACCCACCACUAUGCAGUGGGUCUGCUGGCCAGACAGAUGCGCCGUGUCUCCAGAGACCUUUGUUCCUGCAUUGCACUCCGCCUGCUCAGGCUGCUCAGCAGGGAGGAACCACACUGGGAACUGCCUGCUAUGGCGUUCCUUGUGGAGGUCCUCGACUGCCUGGACUUCAGUGAAUGGGGUGACAGCAUCCUGGAGAUCAUGAUGCGGCACCUGCCGAGCGAGUCCAGGGAGAUGCGUCGCCUGGUGCUCAGAGGCCUCGUCAUGCUCAGCAACGAGCCCUCGCUGGCCAAAAAAAUGUGCAGCCUGUCUGCAAACCUUAUGGAGCUACUGAGGAAUGAAGACAGAGAGGUGGUCAGCAUGACCCUCUCUGUGUUCCUCAACCUACUCCUGAACAAAGACAUCCUAGUAUCCAGCCCCACGGCCCCGAAACUGGCUGAGGCACUCCGUCCGCUCUUUGACAAUGACAACAGACAGGUGCAGCUGCUCUCCAUUCACCUCUACAAAGAAGUGAUGGAAUCGGUAGUGGAAAAGGGAAAAAAGCACCUGAAGAUUCUUGUGAGCCAGAGCCUGCUCCCACUCUUCUUCAACUGCCACGAUGGGAACCAGCAUGUGGCAGAGGCCUCUCGGAAGACGCUGCUUAGAGCUGUGAGCUUCCUGAAGAGGAGGGAUCUUGAGCGGCUCCUGAAGAUGAAGGACCCGUGGAGCUUCGGCGAACAUGUGCUGGCAGAGGACAGGAGCCAAGCACCCGAGAACCUGCGGCAGGCUCUGCCGUACCUGGAGAGCCCACAGGAGCCCGUGCGAGAGGCGGCCAUCAGGUGCAUCGGGAUCGCCGGCAUGCUCAUGAGGGGGCAGCAGGAAGAGCUGCAGCUCAUCUGUGAGGCCCUUCAAGCCCUCAGAACAGAUGACAGCCCCUCCAACACAAACCUGAUUGUUCAAGUCAUGUUGGAUGAAAGAGCUGCAGUACUAAGUUCAUCUUCUGGAUCAAAGCAACCAGGACAGCAACAGAUGCCAUGCAAGAGGAGAUCACCUGGAGAGCAGAGGAAACCAGCUGGAGCUCUAGGCACAGCUGAUGCUGGGCACACCUGAGCGUGCCUGGAAGGUCGGGGUAGCUCCUGGCCUCCCAUUCCCGCUUUACUGGUCCUUCCCUGCAGCCCUCAGACCUUACCUGUUCCCUUCUCCUGCUCCCCAGCUCAUCCCUCUGCUUUGCCUUGCAUGAAUAAACAUUUCAGCUUCUUCACCUUAUUUGUAUCUUUGUGGAGCAGGAGUAGGGCAAAACCUGAGCCCUGGAGCGCACAGGCCCCCAUCCUGCCAUUCUUUUCUGUGCUGCAUUUUGUGCAGAGGAACAGAGGUUCAGGGCUGGAGGGAAGUAAGCACUUUGGUGUCUGCUGAACAGAUGGCCCAGCUCACAUGCUGAGGCUCUGCUGAUAGAGGAUUCUGCUCUGCUCCUGUUGGAGGCCAUUCCCUACCAAUGCAUGGCCCUCCACUGUUCCUGGAUCAAGCCUUCUGGAGCCAUGGGAACAAGUGUGUUCUAUGUCCUUCAAACAGCAGCAAGUGGUAGGACACGUCUGCUUCCAGCACUUGUCUUGGCUGUUCCUUCACAGUGCUGGUACCAUCAUCAGAGACACAGAGCACGUUCUCUCAUCCCAGAGUUAUCCCUAUCUUCUGCACUUGCCCAGGUUCUUCCUCCCAGGUUCACCAGGGAAAAUCUCUGCUCAUUCCUGUCCAUUCCCUUGCCCAGCAGGCACCCAGCUGUGGUUGGACGCGAGCUGCUGGCCACAGGCAGGCACGCAGCAACCAGAGUAUUGGGCAUCAGAUGCUGGGCUGAUGGUUUUUUCUCCAGAAAGCAAGAAAAACAGUCAGAAGAACACAAGGAAACUCGAUCAGAUCUCUGUAAGAAUCUAAUUGUCCUGUGAAAGUCGUGAGUGGAUGGUGGUUUUGUGCUUGUCAAGAUAAUUACUUCCAAGCAAAAAUCAUUCCAGGAAGGAGCAACAGCUGACAGACACUGAGUGUUGCCACCAAUUGCUCCAGGUGCCUCCUGCCAACAGCCCCCUGCAGAAAGGAGCACAGUCAGCAGUGUGGGUGCGCUUUGGCUGUCCUCUGGCAGAAAAGUCCCCUGGGUGGCACAGCAUUCUGUGGCAGGAAAGGGGCACCCAGCAUGGGCAGGGCUCGGGGGCUGGCAGGUCUCCUUUGGCAGGGACUCUGCCACACCUGCUGAUUUCAGUGCUCCCCGGGCCCCAGGGCUCAGAGCAGCAUUCGUGCCCUGGGCCACACGCCCCGUGUCUGUGUCACAGCCCCAUGACGGCCACCCACCACCGGGGCUUGUCCCAAAGAGGCCGUGGCAGCUCCUGUGCAAGGCCC